GCAAAGGAGUUGAUGAUUCGAAAGCAGUAUCGACAGGCAGUGAAGACGCAACUCAGGCAAAGUAAAGUCUUGCAAGCACAGGUAUUGAAUUCAAUUCCGAAAGAAGAGCAUCGCGAUAUGAUAACGAAAUUGAAAGAUGAACAGAAAAGAAAAGUGGCCAUCUUGGCUGGGCAAUAUGAAACAACCAUUGAAAGUAUGGUGCAGGAUUUGACUGUGAAACUCGAGUCUUGGCAGGUAAAUUGGAAUUUUGUUCAGCACCGCUGA